AUGCUGCUUCAUUGCUACGAACUUGGAAACCAAGAAAAGGAUCAUGACUCUACGAUGAUCUUCUUCGUUUACUUUUCCCAACAUGAAGAGAUCUCCAUGCAAGUGCUCUGCGGAUGGCAGAUAUUCGUUCGUUCACCCAUUCUACGAUACGGUCUGUCUCGUACAUGGCUACAGAUGAUUGUUCUCAGUACGGUGAUAGGUGUGACUUUAUUCCAAAAGGAUGGCGAGGCUCUCAAGGUUGCUGGUCCGUCGGGUACCUUACUGGCUUUUGCCAUUGCUGGUGUGGCCGCGAUAUCCGCCGUGGAAGGAGUUAGCGAGAUGAUACAGAUGUUCCCCGCGCCGAAUGCUGCAAUGGAACUCGUACGGGCUUUCGUGGAUCCAGAUUUGGCAUGGGUGGAUGAGCGCUCCAUGCCUGUCAAGCAAGCGUGGCCUCGAGCUUGCGCUAUGCAAGUGGUGCGGAUAUUAGGCACGAUUAAGAUGCCGAAGAAGAAGCUAUAA